UAGCAAAACAUCAAAAACAAUGAAUAUUCCAGUUAAAGUUGUGCUUAAAAGUACUACUACUCAAACUCUAAGUGAUAGGUUUACAGAAAUGCUUCGAAAAAAAGCUCCUUCUCCAAUAAGAAAAGAUACAAACCAAUUUAGAGCUAGUGCUAAAAAUAGACGUCUUGCAGAGCAAAUGUCACGGAGAACAGGUCUCCACGCUGUAAUGGACCAAGUUCAACAAAGUACAGAUAUAAAAAGUAGACUAGACAAAUCAAAAAUUAGAUCGAAUGUUAAAGAUCGAUUAGGUAAAGUUGUGCACAAAAAAGAUAUUAGAAAUAGAAUUGGUUUCAAACGUGGUUCUAAUCUUGGUAUCAAUAAACAACGAAAUAAUUUUAAAAAAGGCAGUUACAAAAAUAGUGGCUUUCAAUCUCGCCGUGGCAAAGGUGUUCGGAAAAUGAUUAAUAACGCUCCUAUCAAUCGUAACAGUUUAGAUGCCGAUCUUAAUUCAUAUAUGUCCAAAAGACAAUAAAUGUUUGUUUUACAUUGUUUUUUUCUAAAUAAUUUGUGACAACAUAUCUAAUAUUUAUGUUUGAUUAAGUAUCAAAGUUACCAUCUUAAAAUUUUUGCUUAAAAA